AUGGAGUUGCUCUUGGACGAAAAGACCGUUGUUGAAGAGUUGAUCAACUUCUUUGCUCGGAAGGGAAGGGAACAAAUGGUUUUGGCCGACAAGCAAGGGUUUGAGUUGAAUGACAUUUUCAUUCCAAAGAAGAAAAGGAGCAGACUUGGUCUUGUUUCUCUUAACAUGAAAACACUGAAAAGGAAGAGAGAAUGUACUGCUGAUCCUAAUAGUUCUGAGAGCGGGAGCCAGAAAAAGAAGAAAGAGGAAGGGGUUCAUGUUCAGAAUUGGACAAAAAAAGAGAGUGCUCGACCGGAGCAACGGCCAACAAAGACCAUAAUUACAUAG